GUCUCUUUUUCGCUUAAAACCACCACAACUGAUACAAGCCAGAGCAUCACAAUGGCGGCUGUCUUCGUUGUACCUCUACCUUUACCUGCUUUGGCUAUUUCGCUGGCUGUUACCGUACCAUUGACAGGCAUUCUUGUGCGAUUCAGAGCGAAUUAUACUCCCAAGAGUCGAAUCGCCCUUGACGAAGAGAAUGCUGCACCAACGUGCUUCACGUACACAUACUUGGGUACGGCGAGGCGGAUAUAUAGAAUUGAGGGUUGGAGAGGGUUCUUCAAGGGAUAUGUUCCUCUAUUGUUCAGCUUUCUUUGCGUCCGCUUUGGAAUGGCAUUGUUCACAAGCUAUGAACCUAAUGUUCGAAGAGGUGUUCCUCAGAUUCUUCCACUCGGCAUUGUCAAGACUGUAGUGGUCACAUUAUUGUCUAUCAUCCUGGGUGUUCCGUACAGAGUCAUCGUUUAUCGUUCCAUGGUGACACCGUAUAACUUGAGUUUUCUCGACCCUAUAGGGUCUUGGAAUGCAUUGCUUCUUCCGACGUUAUUUCCUUCUGGCCUCCUUUCAGUAACGGCGAUUAUUACAGUCGCCAGCGCUGUAUUUGGGCCCAUAAAAGCCCUCAUGCUCACCUGGUCGAAUAAUUUGGCAUAUCCCAUUAGCAACCUGCCCCUGGCUUUGUAUUACAUCCUGGAGAUCGUUUUCACGAUCAUGAUUACACCUCUGAACAUGAUCGCCACACGUUUGGCGGUACAAGGAAGUGAUGCUACAAGAGAAGUUGAAGAAAAUUCGGCGGUAGGGGAGACGGUUGUUAGGCUGAGAGAUGAACAAGUCGAGGACCCUUAUACUGGAGUGAUAGAUUGUGUAACCCGAAUCUGGGAUGAAGAAGGAUGGCCGGUUUUAUAUCGCGGAUGGUGGUUCGCUCUUCUUACUUCAAGUGCCGCCUAUUUCUUAUGAUGCAUACCGGGUGCUGUUCUAUUAUCUCUGCUGAUAUUGAUUCCAUGCCUCGUACUUACAUAACAUACUAUCUACAAAUGAGUAGUGUCAUAGUUAAAAUAUCCCAGAGCUACUCAGUCUUACGCCGAUCGAUCGCUUGUCAAUGUUUACGAUCAGACGAUCGGCCAAUGCAUCCCUUCCGUCCUUACUUCCUCCAUUGCUCCUAGGCCUCCGCUGUUUGUUUAAAAACGUUCCUCACGUCCAAAACUAAAUGAAGCUUGUCGAUUAAAAAGAGUCCGACCUGCCUGGUUCGAACAGG